AUGGCAUUCCAUUCCAUUGCUUUGAUCUUUAUAUUUCAGUUCCAGCAAAUCCUUGGAAUAGAUGCUAAAAUUUCGUCUAUUAUAGUGUUUGGUGAUUCUUCAGUGGAUUCUGGGAACAAUAACUUCAUUCCUACGAUUUCAAGAAGUGAUUUCGUGCCUUAUGGUCGGGAUUUUGAGGGUGGUCGACCCACUGGACGGUUUUCCAACGGACGGAUUGCAACAGACUUCAUCUCUGAGGCUUUCGGGUUGAAACCAACCGUGCCUGCUUACUUGGAUCCGGCUUACACUAUAGAGGAUUUUGUUUCAGGAGUUUCUUUUGCAUCAGCUGGAACUGGCUUUGAUAGUGCUACCUCUACAGUGCUUUCAGUAAUACCUCUGUGGCAAGAACUCGAAUACUACAAAGAAUACAAAGGGCGGCUGGAAGACUAUCUGGGAAACAAGAAGGCAAAGAAAAUCUUGACCGAAGCUCUAUACAUAAUCAGCAUGGGAACAAACGAUUUCUUAGAAAACUAUUACGUGCUUCCCAUCAGAUAUUUCGAGUUUUCUCCUAAUGACUACCAGAAAUUUUUAGUUGACAUAGCACGAUCCUUCAUUACUGAUAUUUACCACCUUGGAGCACGAAAAAUAUCCUUAACGGGGCUCCCUCCAAUGGGCUGCUUGCCACUGCAGAGAACGCUACAAGGGGGAAAUUGUGAAGCAAUGUAUAAUCAUGUGGCCAUGGAGUUCAACAAGAAGUUGAAAGCAUUAGUUGAAACACUGAAUGACGAGCUUUCUGGAAUUCAACUUGUGUUCUCAAAUCCAUACCAUGUUUUUUCCAAGAUCAUUCAGGAUCCUCGGUCUUUUGGAUUCCAAACUGCAGUAACUGCGUGUUGUGGGACGGGAACUUUUGAGAUGGGUUAUCAGUGCAAUGAAUUUACUCCCUUUACGUGCACAGAUGCGAAUCAGUACGUGUUUUGGGAUUCGUUCCAUCCUACGGAGAAAACAAACUUCAUACUAGCAGAUUAUGCUGUCAAAACAUCUCUUGCUAUAUUUAAAUAG